AUGCUCCUGGACGCCGGACCCCAGUACCCCGCCAUAGGAGUCACUACUUUCGGCUCCACGCGGCACCACUCAACAGGCGAGGUGACGGAGCGGGAGGUGGCGCUGGGCAUCAACCCGUUCGCGGACGGCAUGGGCGCCUUCAAGAUCAACCACGGCUCCCACGAGCAGACGGCGUUCUCGUCGCAAGCACCCGGCUACGCCGCGGCGGCCGCCCUGGGUCACCACCACCAUCAUCACCACCACCACCCGGGCCACGUCGGCUCCUACUCCACGGCGGCAUUCAACUCCACGCGGGACUUUCUGUUCAGGAACCGUGGCUUCGGGGAGGCUGCGGGCGCCCAGCACAGCCUCUUCGCCUCGGCCGCGGGCAGCUUUGCAGCGGGGCCCCACGGACACUCGGAGGCGGCGGGCCACCUGCUUUUCCCCGGCCUCCACGAACAGGCUGCGGGCCACGCAUCCUCCAACGUGGUCAACAGCCAGAUGCGCCUGGGCUUCACCGGGGACAUGUACGGCCGCGCGGCCGAGCAGUACGGCCACGUCACGAGUCCGCGCUCCGACUACGCGUCCACGCAGUUGCACGGCUACGGCCCCAUGAACAUGAACAUGGCCGCGCACCACGGCGCCGGGGCCUUCUUCCGCUACAUGCGACAGCCCAUCAAGCAGGAGCUCAUCUGCAAGUGGAUCGAGCCCGAGCAGCUGGCCAGCCCCAAGAAGUCGUGCAACAAGACGUUCAGCACCAUGCACGAGCUGGUCACCCACCUGACCGUGGAGCACGUGGGGGGGCCCGAGCAGACCAACCACAUCUGCUUCUGGGAGGAGUGCUCCCGGGAGGGCAAGCCCUUCAAGGCCAAGUACAAGCUGGUCAAUCACAUCCGCGUGCACACGGGGGAGAAGCCUUUCCCGUGCCCCUUUCCCGGCUGCGGAAAAGUCUUCGCUCGCUCAGAAAACCUCAAAAUACACAAAAGGACGCACACAGGUGAGAAGCCCUUCAAGUGCGAGUUCGACGGCUGCGACCGGCGCUUCGCCAACAGCAGCGACCGCAAGAAACACAUGCAUGUGCACACGUCGGACAAGCCCUACUUGUGCAAAAUGUGCGACAAGUCCUACACGCACCCCAGCUCCCUCCGCAAACACAUGAAGGUCCACGAGUCGAGCAACCCGGGGUCGCAGCCGUCUCCCGCCGCCAGCUCGGGAUACGAAUCAUCCACGCCCCCCACCAUCGUGUCCCCGGCUGCGGAGAACCAGAGCAGCGGCAGCUCCAUAUCGCCCACGGCCCCAGGUGGUGUACAGCACCACACGACGACGACGACGACGGGCAGCCACAGCAGCGCGCUCACGUCAAAUUUCAAUGAAUGGUACGUGUAA